ACGUACACAGCAGAUUACAGAUCUGUAUAUUAUGGUCAUUUGCUAAUUAAAACUUGUCUGCAUGACUAUACAUUGUGGCUGAUGGGUAACGUCCCAACUGCAGUCAAGCAUUGUCUCAGUUACCAACACCUUCUAAAAGAUCAAAUCUGGCUUGGAGAUGUGACAACGUCUGAACAGGAGCCAAGUGCACGUGGUCUUCCAAACUAUGUGAAAGUAGUAGAAGUUGGACCAAGAGAUGGUUUACAAAAUGAAAAGGCAUUUGUACCCACUGACAUUAAAAUUGAGUUAAUCAACCGCCUCUCAGAAGCAGGUUUACCGGUCAUAGAAGUCACCAGUUUUGUGUCUUCCAAAUGGGUGCCACAGAUGUCAGAUCACACAGAAGUAAUGCAAGGCAUAAAGAUGUUCAGCGGCGUACGCUACCCUGUUCUUACUCCAAAUAUCCAAGGGUUUCAAUCUGCAAUUGUGGCAGGAGCUAAAGAAGUUUCUGUAUUUGGAGCAGCAUCAGAGUCAUUUAGUGAGAAGAACAUUAAUUGUUCUAUUGAGGAAAGCAUGGAAAGAUUUGAGGAAGUCAUAAAGUCUGCUCAGAGUGUAAAUGUCCCAGUGCGCGGGUAUGUAUCUUGUGUAGUUGGUUGCCCAUAUGAAGGAAACAUUGAAGCUCAUAAAGUAGCCGAGGUAUCUAAAAGACUGUAUAGUAUGGGUUGCUACGAGAUCUCACUUGGGGACACUAUUGGAGUUGGGACACCAGGCAGCAUCAGAAAAAUGCUGGAAGCCGUUAUGAAAGAGAUUCCAGUGCAUGCCCUGGCUGUUCAUUGCCAUGAUACUUAUGGACAAGCUCUGGCAAAUAUUCUUACAGCCAUGCAGAUGGGUGUGAGUGUUGUGGACUGUGCAGUUGCUGGACUUGGAGGAUGCCCUUAUGCAAAUGGUGCAACAGGAAAUGUUCCAACAGAAGAAGUAUUAUACAUGCUGAACGGCCUUGGUAUUCAUACGGGGGUUGACCUUUACAAAGUGAUGGAAGCUGGUCAUUUUAUUUGCUCUGAAUUAAAUAAGAAGACAAAUUCUAAAGUUUCAUUAGCAACAUAUUCACUGUGAAUAUUAGUGUACCUGCU